AUGGCCUUUAAGAUUGUUGUUCUGUUCGCCACACUGGCCCUCGCCAGCGCUGGCUACCUCGAGCCGGAACAUCACCAUCAGGUGUCGUACGGUGCGGCCCCGGUCGCCCACCACUACUCGUCCGCUCCGGCCGUGAGCUACAGCUCGAUCACUCGCCACGACUCACCGGCGAAGGUGGCCGUCGCCAAGACGGUGGCGUACGCCGCCGAGCCCUCGGUGCACUAUGCCGCCCCGCUCACCAAGACCCUGGCCUACGCUGAACCGUCGGUCCACUACGCGGCGCCCCUCACGAAGACCUACUCCGUGCACGAGCCCACCCUGAAGACGGUCGUUGCCCAGCCAGCGCCGCUGUACGCCAAGACCGUGUACGCCCAGGAACCGGCCCAUGUCUACGCCCAUGGCGCCAAGACGGUGGCUUAUGCCGCGCCGCAGGUCCACUACCAGGCCGCGCCCCAGGUCCACUAUCAGGCCCCGACGCUGCUGAAGAACGUGGAGUACAGCAAGACCCUCGCCUAUGCCCCGCAGUACGUGUCGCAGCCGACCUACACCAAAACUCUGGUCGCCGAGCCGCAGCCUCUGUACCACCAUCACCACAGCGCGCCGGUCUACGCCCAUGGCGCUCCGGUUGUGGCCACCAAGACCCUCGGCUACGCCGAGCCGCACGUGUCGCACGUCAGCUACGCCGACAACAGUGCCCACUACGCCUGGUAAGCGUUCCGCAAGGACCGCGAGACCGCGAG